UAACCUGACAAUAUCUGUCUGUUAUUACUGUAGAGAUACAAGAUUUGUUUUUUACAGUGCUACUUGAACUUUCCUCCCUUUAGGGUGAAGAAAUAAAAUUGCUCUAAUCUGGCAAAUAGAUGGGCAGAUAAACAGAUCUAAUCAGCUGUAGACAUUCAGCACAGCUAAAGAAAUAUUUUGAUGAGUUCAAAAACGUGAAAAACAUGCAGCUGGUGUAUCUCUCUCACACAGUCAUUGAGAGGGCGGAGGGAAAAAAAAGACAGAAAGUAAAAGUGAUUGCUGUUUUUUUGCUGUCACUGCAUCCGGGAUCGUAUGAAAAACAAGCAAGCGAUAGCGAAAGACUUGUAAUAUUUUUAUUCACUAUGGCAGACUAUCAGUUUGCUGUGCUUUUCGAGGCAAACGACCUCUCAGAUGGAGAAAUGAGGAAGAUUAGAAACUAUUUCAAGAUCAAGAGGCUGUCUGACGGAGGAGAGUGUGGGGAAGUGGUAAAAGUAGGAAACAACACCUAUAAGAUAAACUUCUUGGAAAAAGAAGCACAAGACAGAGUAUUAAGUAAAACUGAUCACAUAAUCAAUCUUCCUGGUCGAGGAGAUGUGCACAUCUUGAUAAAACACCAUGACAUUAAAGAAGAGAAACCGCUUCUGCCACAUUCCACAUCUGAAAAACAAGCCACUGGGGAUACACCUAUGCAGAAAGUUCUAUGCAGAAAACUCAACCCAUACUUACUAAGAUUUCUGAAAGACAAUUCAAAAGCAAAGUCACAUUUGGAUGAUCAGCUCUCCUCUUUACUAAGCAGCUUUAAGGUAGACAUGGUCACUGAGAAAGUGUUGGUAAUGAGGGAAGCAGGUCAAUCAGGUGAUGAUGUCCAGCAGAAGUGGGAAGCAAAGGUGGAUAUGGUGUUAUUAGAAAUACAGGAUCGCUAUUUCAUCCAUUUCGAAGUGGAUCCUAAGAGGCUAGAGAUUCUACAAAAAAACUCUUCUCUAGUAUCACAAGACCUUGGAAUCUACGAAGAAAAAGGUUUAGCAGUGAUUGUUGGAGCAAAUAAGGAAGUAGAGAAGUGUUUGAAUGAUAUAGACGCUUUGCUUUUGCCAAAGCAAGCCCGUAAAGAAUGUCCUGUGUCUGAGACACGUUAUGCACUUGUGAAGGAGCAGUUUAAACAGGAGAUGAAGUCAAAUUAUACAAAGAUCACGAUUACAAAGGAGGAACCUGGCUCUCUUGUCCUAAGUGGUCCUGAAGAUCAAGUCCAAUCAGCAUCAACAAAGCUUCAAGAGGUGCUGAAUCAGAUUCAAGAGAAAAAAAUCCCAUUGCCUCACUCCCUUAAAGCAUUUUUGUCAUCUAGUGGUGCUAUUCAGAUCUUUCAAACACGAUUUCAGCAGAAUCUCUGCAGUCCGGUUUUGAUUGAGCCCACAGGCUCCAGGUCGGAUUUGGUUCUGAUGAGUUUGUCCGCAGGCGCAAUUCAGGAAGCAGCAACUGCAAUACAGAGAGAUCUGUGCGUGGAGACAGUGGUGCUGGAGAAAUCUGAAUCUGUGUCACCAGGAAUAGACGCUUUGAAAAAUUCAUUGAAUCUUGCGUUACAACAGGCUAAUCAUGGAACUACUAAAGUGGAACUCAGCUACAAGCCAGGAUCAAUGGCUGACCCCAGAAUGAAGGUACAACUGGUGGGCUACAGCACUGAAGUCAAUAAAUUAAAAAAUGCCAUACAGCUCCACAAGCAAAACUAUGCAGGAGAUGUGCACGUCUUCAUAAAACACCAUGACAUUAAAGAAGAGAAACCGCUUCUGCCACAUUCCACAUCUGAAAAACAAGCCACUGGGGAUACACCUAUGCAGAAAGUUCUAUGCAGAAAUCUCGACCCAUACUUACUAAGAUUUCUGAAAGACAAUUCAAAAGCAAAGUCACAUUUGGAUGAUCAGCUCUCCUCUUUACUAAGCAGCUUUAAGGUAGACAUGGUCACUGAGAAAGUGUUGGUAAUGAGGGAAGCAGGUCAAUCAGGUGAUGAUGUCCAGCAGAAGUGGGAAGCAAAGGUGGAUAUGGUGUUAUUAGAAAUACAGGAUCGCUAUUUCAUCCAUUUCGAAGUGGAUCCUAAGAGGCUAGAGAUUCUACAAAAAAACUCUUCUCUAGUAUCACAAGACCUUGGAAUCUACGAAGAAAAACGUUUAGCAGUGAUUGUUGGAGCAAAUAAGGAAGUAGAGAAGUGUUUGAAUGAUAUAGACGCUUUGCUUUUGCCAAAGCAAGCCCGUAAAGAAUGUCCUGUGUCUGAGACACGUUAUGCACUUGUGAAGGAGCAGUUUAAACAGGAGAUGAAGUCAAAUUAUACAAAGAUCACGAUUACAAAGGAGGAACCUGGCUCUCUUGUCCUAAGUGGUCCUGAAGAUCAAGUCCAAUCAGCAUCAACAAAGCUUCAAGACGUGCUGAAUCAGAUUCAAGAGAAAAAAAUCCCAUUGCCUCACUCCCUUAAAGCAUUUUUGUCAUCUAGUGGUGCUAUUCAGAUCUUUCAAACACGAUUUCAGCAGAAUCUCUGCAGUCCGGUUUUGAUUGAGCCCACAGGCUCCAGGUCGGAUUUGGUUCUGAUGAGUUUGUCCGCAGGCGCAAUUCAGGAAGCAGCAACUGCAAUACAGAGAGAUCUGUGCGUGGAGACAGUGGUGCUGGAGAAAUCUGAAUCUGUGUCACCAGGAAUAGACGCUUUGAAAAAUUCAUUGAAUCUUGCGUUACAACAGGCUAAUCAUGGAACUACUAAAGUGGGACUCAGCUACAAGCCAGGAUCAAUGGCUGACCCCAGAAUGAAGGUACAACUGGUGGGCUACAGCACUGAAGUCAAUAAAUUAAAAAAUGCCAUACAGCUCCACAAGCAAAACUAUGCAGAAUACAGCGACACUGUGCCUCUAUCUUUACCAGAGCUGGUGGAUAAUUUUUCUAAAGUUCUGUCACUAGUAGGUGUGAAAGCAACUGAUGUAAAACUAAUGGCUUCAUCCACACCUUUUCCAUGUGUCCAUGUCUCAGGACCAUGGUGUAAAGUAAGUGAUAUGAAAAAAAAAUUGAAUUCAUUAUUUAGCCAUCUUAAAUUGAAGAAAACUUCAGUGGAUGGUCCUGGAGCCCAGCAGUUCUUUCAAGAGGAAGGUUUAAAUACACAAAGAUUAUUGGAGAGUUCCUGUAAGGUUUUGAUAACACCCAUAAAUAAUGUCCAAUCGGGUGCUGCAACAGCCAGAAGCACAACAUUUACCAGUCUCCCUACCAUACCUGCUCUUGUGUCACAUCCACGUUACUCUGUGGCCCUAAAAAUUGUAUUUGGAGGUCUUGAAAAUCAGCAGGCUGAUGUACUUGUUGCCCCCCUGUUCAAUACAAACUUGACCUCGACUAAUGUUGGGAAAGCCUUGCUUAAAAAAGCAGGGCAGCAAUUAAAGAGCAAUUUUGAUGCUGCCAAAGGAAGAUGUAGAAUUACACCUGGAGAUGUGCUGGAGGUGGAUGGGACUCCAUUAGGGUGCAAAAAGGUUUUCUUUAUUGAGUGUGUACCUUGGGCUGGAAACACACACAACAGUGAACAGGCAUUACGCCGUGGAAUUAAACAAGCUUUGGCACUUUCUGAACAGCAGGCAUGGAGCUCAGUUGCUUUUCCAGUAAUUGGACCUGGAGUGGUACUGGCUAUGCCUGUGCAAAAUGCCACUAAUAUUCUGGUUGGAGAGAUUGAGACUUUUGGCCUGGCUGCCUCCAUUGGUUCUCUCAGGACCAUACAAAUUGUAAUAAUGCCUAAUAACCCAGAUUCUGAACAGAUAUACCAGACAGUCAGUUCUGGGUUAACUGCAAUAAUGGUGGAUCAAACAGGACAGGCUGCCUUACAGUCUCUAAGCUCUGAAAUUGAUGAAAUCACCAUCCCAUUGGCCAGAUGUCAGGUCCAUCUAAUAUUUGGAGACAUCAGCAGUGAGACUACUGAUGUCAUUGUAAACACCACAGAUUUUACUGACUUACAGACAGAUGUGUGCAGUGACAUCUUGACUAUUGCCGGACCACAAGUCAGGGCUGCCCUAACAGGAGUGCAGGUAACAAGAGGAGAAAUCUUCGUCACUCAGCCUGGAGGUUUCCCCUGCAAGGCGAUUAUGCAUGUGUGUGGAGAAAAGGAUACAGCCAUUAUUAAAACACUGGCACAAGAUAUCCUGCUCAAAAGUGAACACAGUGGCUACCAGUCAGUCGCCAUUCCUGCUAUUUGUGCUGGUAAAGGAGGGUUAGAUGCCCGUCUGGUUGCUCAGGCUAUUCUCCAGGGAGUAAAGGAUGCUACAGUACAAGCUAACCUUAACAAUGUUAAAAUAAUUCACAUUGUUCUGAAGAAAAUCCAUGUCUUUUUGGAGUUCAAAACGAUGGCACAGCAAAUAUUUGGUAGCUUUACCCAGAUGACAGCCCCUUUGUUGUUCACACCUCACAGAGCAGCUCCAUCUUCUUUGUCCCUAGACUGUAGCUCACUCUUUCAGGCUCUUCCAGAUCAGCAUACCAAAGCUGAAUUUCUUGUAGUGGGGUUAACUAAUGAUAAUGUCUCAAAGGCCUGUAAAGAGCUUAAUCAAUCAUAUCGAAGCCAUUGCACGUCUCAAUUUGUUUCACAAGAGGAACUUGGCCACCUCAUCUCAGUUGAACUGGAUGAUAUUGUCAAUAAUGUGACUUCUUUGGGUAUUCAGAUAAGCAAACAAGGCACUGAUGGGUUGAAAGUUAGUGGACUGACAAAAGGGGUAAAUAAAUUCAUGGAACUGAUACGAGGGGCUCUUGUCAGACAGGUGAAAGAGAAAGAACAAGAUGAGCUUUUUUCCAGGGUCAGCUGGUGCAUUUUGGGAUUAAGAGGAAUCUGGGAGCGGUUACCUAAACAGGCUCAUCAUCAGCUGGAAAAGAAGAAUGUUGCUGAAGGGAUACUGGAUGCACGAGGACAAAAAUGGACUGUAAAUCUUCUGAAAAUGGAAGCCACAGCAAGAUGGUUUACACAUGUGGCAAAGCUGAAACGACUGGAGAACUUGCCAGACUUCUUUUUUCCACUUUACUGGGACAUCAUGACCACAGGGGAAUUAUUGAAGGUGGUUCCUCUGCACCCCAGCUCUGCUGAGUACAAAAGAGUGAAAAAUGACUUUAAAAGAACAGUCACCAAAGCAGUCGUCAAGAUUGAGCGCAUUCAAAAUGUGAAUCUCCGCCGGGCCUAUGAAGUUCGUAAGAAUGAGCUGCAGAAUUAUAAUGGGACAGAUGGAGCAGGAGAGAGGGUCCUAUAUCACGGGACCACAGACGAAGCCUGCGCUUCUAUACAGAGAAUUAACUUUAACCGCAGAUUUGCUGGACAAAAUGGAACAGUGUAUGGACAUGGGACAUACUUUGCUGUUAAUGCCAGCUACUCAGCCAAUCCCACAUACUCUACACCUUCCGAUGAUGGGACACAGCUCAUGUUUGUGACACUUGUCCUAACGGGCCGUUACACAGAGGGAAAAAGUGACAUGAAGGUUCCACCCCCUCGUUCAUCACAGAACCCUAAUGACAGAUUUGACAGUGUGGUCGACAACAUGCAGAAUCCUGGCAUGUUUGUGGUGUUUCAUGACUGUCAGGCCUACCCAGACUACCUUAUCACAUUCAAAUGAAGGCACAGCUGCAGCGCCUGGCUAGAUUCAAUAUCUGAUAUUUUUAACAUAAGACCCAAUCAACAGGAAUAUGCCAGGUAUGAAAAGAAACCCUGUAGAUCAUAUUUUUUCUACUACCAGAUAAGCUGAGAGUGAUCUUUGGGAUGAAAAUUAGGCCUCAGUUGAUUAGGUGAUUAAUGUGGACUAUAGACAGCAAAAAAAAAAAAAUACAUAUGUUUCAACAUCAUCAUAAGAAUUCUGUAUUACAGCUAAGGCUAAAUCUUUACACACAAGCCUAAUCCUGAAAUGAAACAUUAUAAGAUGAGCUGUCUUUCUCUUCAUGUGUCACGUAUCCUUAUCAUUUGUUUAUUAGCUUCAGAAUGUUUAAAUGGAUAUGAAAAAACACUCAUCGUUCUGGUUUUGUUUAGUAUUAACAGAGCAACGUAGGAGAUAAUAUAAACAUUGUGGUGAAAUUUUCUUGACUCUGUGGAAGGCAAUUUGUUAUGAAAUAAAAUGUGUGUAUAUGCCACAAAUACUGUA